AUUGAAGUUCUGGCCGCGAUCGCUCCGCCAAUUCCAUCGAUUCAGUUUUACCAACUUCAAAGGGUUCAACCCUGGAAACUUCUGAAGUCAAUCGAAAUGACGGAAUCACUCCGUCUGCAGAAUAAGGUUGCCAUUAUAACCGGCGCGUCUUCUGGUCUAGGUCGAGCUAUCGCUAUACGGUACGCCCAAGAAGGUGCCAAAUUAGUCUGUGCCGACUUAACAGCGACAGCACGAUCUCAAGAGGAAGCAACCAUCACGACACAUGCCUUGAUUAUCCAAAAUGGGGGAAGUGCAAUUUUUGUCCGGACCGACGUUAGUGAUGCAACACAAAUGAAGAACCUCAUACAUUCAACAGUUCAGGAGUAUGGAAGACUUGAUAUCCUUGUGAAUAAUGCGGGAAUCAGUGUCGAGGCACGCACUCCAGCUGUUCUACAUCUAACUGAUGAAGCAACAUGGGACUUGACAAUGCGAGUGAAUGCCAAAUCUGUGUUUCUUGGCUGUAAAUAUGCCCUUGCACAGAUGCUAGCUCAGGAGCCGCACUCAUCUGGUGACCGAGGAUGGAUUAUCAAUAUUUCCUCAAUAAUGGGCAUUAUUGCUGGGCCAGAGAACCCCUCAUACUGCGCAUCAAAAGGAGCUGUUAGUCAGCUCACGAGACAAAUUGCCUUGGACUAUGCUCCAAAGAGAAUUUAUUCUAACGCACUCUGCCCUGGAUAUACUCAAACCGCCAUCUUCAAGGAAACUACCAAUAAUUGUACCCCUUGGGACGAUCUCAAUCGGCGACACCCACUGAAGGGUCCGGGAUUCCCUGAUGAUAUUGCGAAAAUGGCUGUUGUCUUGGCAAGUGACGAUGCCAGCUGGAUCACAGGAGUCUGUUUGCCUGUUGAUGGUGGGUAUACCGCCAGAUAA